UCAGGGACUGACCAACAUCUCUCUCGCAAUUUUCUUUCACUUUCAAAACCCCUCUUUGUCUGCAUUCCAAAUUUUGGGAAUUCCAUUUUAUUGUUUCCAUCGAGCACUUUUCCAUCUCCCGUCCGCUAGUUGCUGAGUGUAUUCCCGAUGUCCCUUGUUACAUAGUAUCCGGAAGAAUCCCCCCUUUCAUCAGUAGGAUGAGUAGAAUAUCCGUAGGUCAUUUGCGUCCUAGACCUCGCUCGGUAACGGAAACUUUGAGAAGAUGCAGGAAUGAUGACAAAGCUGAUAAAGUUAUACUGAUAGACGUCGAUUCUGAAAUUAGUGACAAUGUUGUUAUCCUUGACACUCCUGAAUCUUUGCCAAAAAGAAAUAAAGAGUCGGGCAUGCUCAAGAAAGAUGAGAAGUGGUCAUUCAAGAAUGUAAUAAACAUUGAUGAUGACGACGACGAUGAUGAUGUACCUGAUGGUAGCUACCAGUUUGGUGCAAACAAUGUUGGUUUUUCUGCUAGCACCUCUUUAAAUAGAGAAAAUUUUCGUGUCGCUGAGGAUUUUGCAGAUUUCACAGAUCCUUCUGAUGAAGAAGACUGCCAAAAUGUUCAAGACAGUGCUACACCAGUUAAGUUAUCAAAAUGCAAGCGCACGUAUUCUGGGAAAGAUUCCACAAGUAACCGCUAUGGUUUGGAUACUGAUUCAGAGUGCGAGUUAUCUGGAAAUGAAUAUCCUGACUGUGAAGUAGUGGAAGAUUUUUCCGGUAAGAUUCAAGAGUUGUGGGAAAGAGCUGUCUCCAGGAGAAAGAAAGAUAUUCGCAAUGUUCAUUCGGGUAUUAGGGGUCAUGAUAGUACAACAAGUUGUACUGACAAGGACCUCCAAAAUGCUGAAUCAGAAGUAGCAACCAGGCACCAUGACCAUGAUGAGCCCUCAGUUUUUCACACUGCUGGGAAAUCCAAUAGCAGAAACUAUGGUUCUCCCCCGGUUAGAAUAGAAACGGAUUUUGCUUUCACCCAUUUUUCUGAUAAUGCUGUAAAUGAUCAAGAAUGCCGUGCAAAUGGGAAAUCUAAAUCACAAGUGAAAUUCCGUCCUUCAUUCCAUUACCCGGAUUGUGAACCAGGAAGUUCCCGCCGGCACAUGGAAAGAAGGAAAGAUCCAGCUUCAUCUAACUCUUCUUUCCAAGAGGAGCCAAAUGAGAAAUCCAAUAAUCCUACAUCUACUGCAGGGAACAAGGUAAAUUCUAAAGAGGAGAAUGAAGAUGGUCAGGUGCACAUGAGUAUCGUAUGCAGUUUGCCUCCUGAGGAUGACUGUUUAAUUAGUGAACGUGAAAAGCUCAAGGAAACAGAUGAAUACAAAAGGGCAAUGGAGGAAGAAUGGGCUUCCCGACAGCAAGCACUGCAGAUCCAGGCCGAAGAAGCGCAACGUGAACGUCGAUUGCGGAAGAGAAAAAAAGCUGAAAGCAUGCGUAUGCUGGAAAUGGAAAGAAGACAGAAGCAACGCUUAGAGGAAAUGCGGAGUAUUAAGCAGAAGGAUGAGGAAAAUAUGAACUUGAAAGAUACAAUUCGCGCUGAAGUCCGAAAUCAGCUGAAGCAAAUUGAAGUUGGGUGCCAAAGUAUGGCUUCGCUAUUGCAUUUGUUGGGAAUCAUGGUAGGGAGUUGGCCAAAUCCAUCCCCACAAGAGGUACAUGCAGCUUACAAAAAAGCCUUGCUGACCUUUCAUCCAGAUCGAGCCUCACGAUCUGAUGAUAUUCACAAGCUGGUUGAAGCUGAAGAGAAGUUUAAGUUUAUCAAUCGCAUGAAGGAGAAAUUCCCUCCUCCUUUGUGACAGUUGAUUAAGUUUCAGUCUUGUUAAGAUUUUAGUAGUCAAUCUAGCUCUUACAAGGUGGAAAAAAAUACUAUUGAUAGUUGAGAUUAAUAUCAUCUUGCAUCCUCAGGUGAUCUUUUUCCGUAUAUAGUAAUUUUCCCGUAAUAACUUUGUGAGCAAGUCAGUUAUGCCUGGAUAAUGUAGUGGAAAAUAGAAGUAGUUGUUUUGAUUA